GUCCCGGCCGGCGGAGCCCCCCGCGGCGUCGUGGGCAGCGCGGCCGGCAGCCAAGUGAAUUUACUGGACUCGAGAUCAGUAAUGGGAGACCUUGGGUGGAUUGCCUAUCCUAAGAAUGGGGUGUCCAUCUUGGUGACCAGAAAGUAGGACACCGAUGUGUGAAAGGAGGUUGUGGAAGAUGUGAGGAGUUGAAACAGAUUUGACUUCUCCUCUGAAAAGCAAAACAUUGGGGAAGAGAUGAAAUCCAAAGCUGAAUCUGAUAGAAGAGGAGAGAGAUCCAGGUGGGAAGAAAUAGGUGAAGUGGAUGAAAAUUACGCCCCGAUCCACACGUAUCAGGUUUGUCGAGUGAUGGAGCAAAGUCAGAACAACUGGCUGCUGACCGGCUGGAUCUCCAACGAGGGGGCCUCCAGAAUCUUCAUUGAGCUGAAGUUCACUCUUCGGGACUGCAACAGUCUUCCUGGAGGCCUCGGGACUUGCAAAGAGACUUUUAACAUGUACUACUUUGAGUCGGAUGAUGAAAAUGAGAGAAACGUGAAAGAGAACCAGUAUAUCAAAAUCGACACCAUUGCUGCUGAUGAGAGUUUUACGGAGCUGGACCUUGGCGAUCGAGUCAUGAAGCUGAACACGGAAGUGCGCGAUGUCGGGCCCCUGACCAAAGAGGGGUUCUACCUCGCCUUCCAGGACGUGGGGGCUUGCAUCGCACUGGUCUCUGUGCGGGUAUAUUACAAGAAGUGCCCUGUGGUGGUUCAGAAUCUGGCCAUCUUUCCUAAUACUGUCACCGGAGCUGAUUCUUCACAGCUGCUGGAGGUUUCAGGGUCUUGUAUAAACCACUCGGUGGCUGACGAACCCCCCAGAAUGCAUUGCAGCGCGGAAGGAGAAUGGUUGGUUCCAAUUGGGAAAUGCUUGUGUGAGGCGGGAUAUGAAGAGAAGAACAGCACCUGCCAGGGUAAGAACUCGACAAGACAUGACUUUUGAGGAUGAAGCUUGGAUCCCUGUCCCAGGGGCCGGUAUCAGGGAGAGAUCACAGUGGCCAGUUUAUUAAUGUAUGCCUGUCAAAGGCUUUCACGGC